CGCUCAGUCCUCCCGCUUCCUUUCCUUCUCGCACCCCUCCUUCCUUCCUUCCUUCCUUCCGCCGGGAGCGAUGGAGCCGGGGCGCCGGGCGGCCGCGGCGCUGGUGGCGCUGCUAUGCGCUGGCUGCGCGCUGCGCUCAGGGCGCGCCCAGUACGAGCGCUACAGUUUCCGCAGCUUCCCUCGGGACGAGCUGAUGCCGCUCGAGUCGGCCUACCGGCACGCGCUGGACCAAUACAGCGGCGAGCACUGGGCGGAGAGCGUGGGCUAUCUGGAGAUCAGCCUGCGGCUGCACCGCCUGCUACGCGACAGCGAGGCCUUCUGCCACCGCAACUGCAGCGCGGCGCCGCAGCCCGAGCCCGCCGCCGGCCUCGCGCGCUACCCGGAGCUGCGCCUCUUCGGGGGCCUGCUGCGCCGCGCGCACUGCCUCAAGCGCUGCAAGCAGGGCCUGCCGGCCUUCCGCCAGUCGCAGCCCAGCCGCGAAGUGCUGGCCGACUUCCAGCGCCGAGAGCCGUAUAAGUUCCUGCAGUUCGCCUACUUCAAGGCAAAUAAUCUUCCAAAAGCCAUUGCAGCUGCUCACACCUUUCUACUGAAGCAUCCUGAUGAUGAAAUGAUGAAGAGAAACAUGGCUUAUUACAAGAGCCUGCCCGAUGCCGAGGACUACAUUAAAGACUUGGAAACCAAGUCGUAUGAGAGCCUGUUCAUCCGAGCCGUGCGGGGGUACAAUGGUGAGAACUGGAGGACAUGCAUCACGGACAUGGAGCUGGCCCUUCCUGACUUUUUCAAGGCCUUUUAUGAGUGUCUCGCUGCCUGCGAGGGCUCCCGGGAGAUCAAGGACUUCAAGGAUUUCUAUCUUUCCAUAGCAGAUCAUUACGUGGAAGUUCUGGAAUGCAAAAUACAGUGUGAAGAGAACCUCACCCCAGUUAUAGGAGGAUAUCCAGUCGAGAAAUUUGUGGCUACCAUGUAUCAUUAUUUGCAGUUUGCUUAUUAUAAAUUGAACGACUUGAAGAACGCAGCCCCCUGUGCGGUCAGCUACCUGCUCUUUGACCAGGAGGAUAAGGUCAUGCAGCAGAACCUGGUCUAUUAUCAGUACCACAGGGACAAGUGGGGGCUCUUGGAGGAGCAUUUCCAGCCCAGACCAGAAGCAGUUCAGUUCUUUAACGUGACGACACUCCAGAAAGAGCUGCAUGACUUUGCUAAGGAAAACAUAAUGGAUGAUGAUGAGGGAGAGGUUGUGGAGUAUGUGGAUGACCUCUUGGAGCUGGAGGAGACCAGCUAGCCCCCAGCAGCCAGAGAGACUUCCUCUCGAUGUUCAGGAACACAGAUUCUUUGUCUUCCUUUUCCUAAUAGUACAAGUUGUUGAUA